UGUCACGUGUCGCUUUUAACGUUUCAGGGUGACUUAUUCGGGGGUCUGAACAGCGGUCUACAAGACGGCUUACUUUCGAGGGCGGAAGCUUUGGCGGCGGAUUUGGGAAAACACAACGCGGGCACCCCAAUGCCUUUGAAGCACGACCCUGUUUCCGUCUAUCAUCAUGGAGCCCACAUGCCAACCCCCCAUCCAAAUAACCGGCCACAUCAUCAGAUGAGCCACCCGGGAAUGGAAAGUCUGGACAUGUUAGACCCGGCAAACUCGAUGACCACGUUAACGCCGAUGUCGGAGAAUACGGGCGGCGGGCCGGGUCAUCACGCCGGAAUCCACGGCCCCUCCGUUUACGGGGGAAUGAAUGGAAUGAUGGGUCAUCAUCAUCACCACGGAAACCUAAGCGGCGGCGGUGGCAGCGUGCCGCAUCCGGCUCACCAUCAUCCAGCAAUGGCGGCGGCAGCUGCAGCAGCCGCUGCUGCCGGUCUUCAUCCCGACGCGGACACAGACCCGCGAGAAUUGGAGGCGUUCGCGGAGAGGUUUAAACAGAGACGCAUCAAGUUAGGCGUGACGCAGGCGGACGUUGGCAAAGCGCUGGCGAAUUUGAAGUUACCGGGCGUCGGGGCGCUCUCGCAAUCGACGAUAUGUCGAUUCGAGUCGUUGACGUUGUCGCAUAACAACAUGAUCGCGCUGAAGCCAAUAUUGCAAGCGUGGUUGGAGGAGGCGGAGGCUCAGGCGAAGAACAAGAGGCGAGAUCCGGAUGCUCCAUCGGUUUUGCCGGCCGGCGAGAAGAAGAGAAAGAGGACGAGCAUAGCCGCGCCGGAGAAACGAUCGUUGGAGGCGUAUUUCGCGGUGCAGCCGCGGCCGUCCGGCGAGAAGAUCGCCGCGAUCGCGGAGAAACUCGAUCUGAAGAAGAACGUGGUCCGAGUGUGGUUCUGCAACCAGCGGCAGAAGCAGAAGCGCAUGAAAUUCGCGGCUCAACAUUGA